UUGUGUUUAAUCUUAAGUGGGACAAGAUGAGACUUUUGCUAUGCGCAACAAUUUUGAUAGCUUUUUUAGCAACAAGCAUUCAUGCAGCUGCCUCUGUUGGAAAAUUUUCUGAUCCAAAACAUCCCGGUAAAUGUGUAAUCGAUGGCAAUGUAAUGUCACCCGGUGAAAAAUUGCAACCUCCUGGUACCUGUGCUGAAUUGGCGUGCCACGAUGAAGAAGGAAAUGGAAGCAUUACCGGUUGUGGUGUAAUAGGUGCACCACCAAAUUGUCGGGUAGCUGAUUUUGAUACAAGUAAACCACAUCCAAGUUGUUGUCAAAGAGACAUAAUAUGUGAUUGAAAAACCAUGAAACUCAAGUCGAAUGUAAAUAAAGAAAUGUAUAUAAGACCCCUAUGUGGGAAUAUAUAGAAUAUUAUGAA